AUGGGCCUCACCGAGCGUGAGCCCAUUAUCUGCUAUAACACUCAAACCAGUCGAGAGGCUGCCGUGAUUGUGCGCGUUCAUGACAAAAAUGCAGACAACCCACAACAGUCAGAAGAGGCCAGCCACAUCGGAUGCAACGGCACCUUUCCGUGUCAAAAGUGUAAGUGGGGUGGCUCGAAGAUUAAUCAAGUCCAGCCUGCAGUAUAUCAUGCAUGCCAUGAACCAGGUCCCGUUCGGACAGCCGACGAGAUCCGGGCGGAGUUGAGCCAUCAGCCGUCCCUGGCAACGCGCGGGAGCUCUGCAGCAAUAGAGACCCGACAGAAAGAGACGGGAACCAAAGACAAACUUACUCAAUAUUGGAUUGCACGAACUCUCGACUGGGUAAUGCAACUCAAGGCGGAAAGUCCGGGGAGUUCUGUUGAUAAGAUCGCCAAAGCAGCCCAGCAUUGGCUGGAAGAGCAACUAGGCGACAAAAUCAAUCUGCUCUUGGAUAUCGUCGGCCUGGAUCCAGGUCGAGACGCACCAGUCGAAAUUCUGCAUACCAUCCUGCUCGGAGUCAUCAAAUAUAUCUGGCAUCAUUUGAACACGUACAAAUGGACAGACAACGAGCGACAUCUAUUAGCCAUUCGUCUUCAAUCAACAGAUAUCAGUGGUAUGAAUGUACCGCCAAUUCGUGGCGCUUACAUGAUGCAGUAUCGAAAUAACCUCAUCGGCAAACAUUACAAAACGAUAAUGCAGUCCCUGGUUUUCCAUGUCCACGGUAUAUGCAAUCCGGACCAGUUCAAACUUAUCAAGUUUGCAGCAGAUCUUGGAGCGCAACUGAAUAUCGCAAUUGCAAACCUUCUCGACGCGUGGGAUGCUGUGGAGCCUCUUCGCAUUCUGACGAAAAUCAAGCUCCAUCUUCUUCCCCAUCUUCCUGACGACAUUCGACGCUUUGGCCCCGCUGUUCGCUUCUCGACAGAAACACAGGAGUCUUACAAUGCUGUUUUUCGCAUGUGUUCAAUAAACGGCAAUAACCAGGCACCAAGCCGUGAUAUUGCAAUGAAGUUUGCUGCCAUGAACAAUAUCAAGCAUGCUGUUUGCGGUGGAUUCUGGCAGUCAAGCGCUGCCUACGAUUCAGAUCAACAACUGGCUAUCGAAGCGGUUCGUGGAUGGUCCGAACCCGGCAACACAGUGAAAAAACUUCUCUUCGAUGAUCCUGUUCUCCAGCGUCACCUUGGCUGGGUACCGCACUAUCCUCCGGUGCCAGGUUUCGUUCGUCUCCUGGGCUUAAAUGCAUUCCCACCAAUACCAUGGCAGCAAACUAUCACAUCACGGCACUGGACCCAAGAGCAUCCGAGUCAGCCAAUUCCGAACAGUGCGUGGCAGCAGGGCCUUUCGGGGGCACAACGGCACUGGGACGAGUUGUGGAAAUUAUUUCGGGAGGCAGUGGCCAAACAUGGAUAUGUCUUCAGCAGUUCGUGUGCACACAAACACGUCAUCCCGGAGCAAGGUCUUACCUCAUAUGUUGUCGUUCCAGGAACGGCAGUGGAAUUUGGCUGCUCAGUCCAGCACGACUGCCGGAGAGGCAACUGCAAGCCGGCAGCUAUGGCCAAGGAAUGUCAAGAGCGAGAAGACACUCUGCGAGACAUUAGCCUGAUCAAACAUGUCGACGAUGACAAUUUUGUGCUGAAUUUGGGUUCAGUACACAAUUUCGCAGAACUUACUCGGGUCCUUCCACGAAGCCUGUACAAUCUGAAGCCGCAGCACUCCGACCGCCUCCAGUUUCACACCGAGAUGGCUGCCAAGGCAGGGUCGGCCCGUUUGUCCACACGGGAAAAAACCGCAGAGAAACGGCGAGCGACAGCUGCUCGAAAGAAGCAGAAGGCGGAUGAGGCUGCAAAAAAGGCACAUGAGGCAGCUGUCAAAGCUCGACAAGCUGAGGAGGUGGUGCAGGGUGCUCAACUUGAAGACUUGGAUGAUGCACAACUCGUUGAUGUCGAGUCGGAUGGCAAGUCCGCGGGUGAAGAUGAUGCUGAGCCCAAGUCCGAGUCCGAGUCAGAAGAGGAUGAUGAUGAGUAUAUACCCAAGCAUGCUGGUCAGAAGCGGGGCAGGCCAGAAAAAAUUACACCAAGGCAACAGAAGAAGCGCCAGAAAAGAUAA